AGGCCUCGUCGUCGUCAGUUAAAACUACCCCGCAGAUCAUCAUAUAUCUCCUAUAUUCGAAUCCUAAAUCGGCGAAUCGGAGAACCCUACCGAAUAAACCUCUAGGGAGGAAUCCUUGCUUCGAUUCCGUCUCAGGGCGUAAUGGCGGAACCACCACCACCACCACCACCAAAUCUCAUGUUUUCGAAAGCGAGAGACGUUCUUGCGACUCCAAGCCACCAAGGUUUGGAGAGCGUCGUCAGCCAUCUCUUUAUAGAUCAAGAAACCACCGAAUAUCAAACCGCGAAUGCUCUCUUCAACUUCCUCACCCGUAGCUUCCCCAACUGCUUAACCCUAAAGCUUCUCAACUGUUUUGAAGAAGCUGGGAGAAGCAAUGGGUAUAGCUGUUGGAGCUGAGCAGAAUGUUGCAGCUGAACCUGAACCUGAGGAGGCGGAAGAAGGAGAAGAUGAAGAAGAGUCUAUUGUUCAUCAGACUGCUAGUCUUGGUGAUGUUGAGGGUCUGAAAGCUGCGUUAGCAUCUGGUGGUAACAAAGAUGAAGAAGACUCUGAGGGAAGAACAGCAUUGCAUUUUGCAUGUGGAUAUGGCGAGGUGAAAUGUGCUCAAGUUCUUGUGGAUGCUGGAGCAAAUGUCAAUGCAGUGGACAAAAACAAAAACACUCCAUUGCAUUAUGCCGCUGGUUACGGACGGAAAGAGUGUGUAAGCCUUCUCUUAGAGAAUGGUGCUGCAGUCACUCUGCAAAACACAGACAGUAAAACUCCGGUUGAUGUGGCAAAGCUUAACAAUCAGCUCGAAGUUGUGAAGCUCCUUGAGAAGGAUGCAUUCCUCUAAGAGAUUUGAGAACAUGUCUUGUGGCUCUUCUGUGUUCUGUAAUAGUUUCACAGGCCAUUGCUUUCUACAAACCUUCGACUUGGUCUUUUUCAAUAUUACCUUUGGAAAAAAAGAAAAAAUUAAGAAGAAGUAAAUGGAUAUUUUCUUUUAUGGUUUUGCAAUGAAGUAUUUUUCUUCGA